AGCCGCUUGAAUGAACGAUUCACUGACACCAGCUGGAUCAAAUACAUGCAAGGGAAAGAGGAUAAAUACACGCAACAGACCCCCUUUUCUACCAGUCAGGCUGGAACUGGCAUGAUGGUAUUAAAUCCGUUGAAGCGCACACUGACGCCUUUGGACUAUUCACUACGACGGCGCUCUGAUGUAGGGUCCAUCAUAGCUCGUCAUCAAGCGAUAGACGACGCAAAUUCUCUCGCUAGCAUCGAUCGUCCUCCCUCCGAAGUCGAAGAGCUCCCACCAGCGAAGAUCUACCAUCCCCUAUCAAUUCAUGUGCUUGCGCUCCUCAUGCCUGCAUCAAUCUUCGGAGUCCUCGCACGACUUGGGUUGCAAGCGCUCGCUACGUACAACGGGCAGAGUGUUUUUCCUUUGGCUUACGUUCAGGCCACGGGGUGCUUUAUUAUGGGUAUUGGGUUGAAAAUGAAGGUGCCCUUUGGUAAUUUUUAUGGUCCGUUGUACACGGCUAUGACCACUGGGUUCUGCGGAUCGUUAACAACGUUUUCUGGGUGGCAGGUGGACGUGUUUGACUCGUGGGUAAACACCGGUCAGUUCCACAGAGGCGGACUUCGAGAUGUUGUAGACGGGCUUACGAAGACUUGGGUCACACUUGUGUUAUCUCUGGCGUCUCUACAGUUAGGAAUAUAUGUCUGUGGCCUAGCUCAACCGUAUUUUCCGGCCCCUCGACCGCCCACCAAGAACGUCCGAUACACGCUCACUAUCCUUGCUAUCCUCACAUACGCAGCGGCCUUUCCGGCUUACUUCCUUCUGCCACACAAUUUCCGCCACCAAACGACCGCCGCACUCCUGUUUUCAUACCCUGGUACAUUAACUCGGUACCUUCUGUCACUAAAUUUGAAUCCCCGCCUGAAGACUUUACCUCUUGGCACUUACAUGGCGAAUUCGCUUGGGACCGCUCUCCUCGGAUUCUUCCAUGUCCUUCAAGGCCUGCCGUCGGCGGUUUCCCCUAAUACGUGUUCGCUGCUUCAAGGUUUAGGAGACGGGUAUUGCGGUUGUUUAACAACAAUCAGCACUUUUGCUGCGGAGAUCAUCGCAUCGGAAGGAUGGAAGGCUUGGACAUAUACCAUCAUCAGUUGGAUCACUGGGCAAUUAUUGCUGCUGGUUAUCAUGGGAUCGUCUUUUUGGGGUGGUCGUGUAAAGGAGCAGAUGACAUGCAGUUUCCAGACGUCGUGAGUUGGAAAUAGAGCCAAGUACUGCCAAGUAUUACAUAUAAAUGUGCUACGAAGAGGUUUCAUAUGUCCGAUGUGCUUCGAGGUCUGUAGAUUUCCCCUGUGGCCUACGAUCUUGCUGAAGUCAGUUGUGAUCGAACCGUUGUAGCUGUGAACGCGAAAGCGGAGUU